AUGUCGAGACGAGGUACGCGAGGCUCCAUGACGGUCUCCGGGACGACGUCGGGCCUCACGAGCCAGUUCGAGGAGGACGAGCUGAUGCAGCUGAGGUCCGUGCUCGCGGACCGCGAGACGGAGCUCGCGGAGCUCAGAGAGCAGCACAUCGCGCUCAUUCGGAAGCUCUCGGAGGCCAGGCGGGCCUGGCAGGACCAGGCGCAGCUCAAGGACGACGCGAUUCGGAAGCUCACGGAUCGCGCAAACGAGGCGGAACGCUCCACAAUGCACGCACUAUCGGUGGACCUACCCGCUGCGGAGCAAGCUGCGCGCCGGGAGGCCGCGGACCGGGCGCGCGCGGACGCAGAGGCACUACGCAAGACCAAGGCGCAGGUUGGAGAGCUGCGGCGGAGGGUGCACAAGCUGUCGGACGGGGCGGAGGAGUACCGGCGGCGGUGCCGGGAGGCCGAGCAGCGCGUUGUGCGUGCCGAGGAGCGCUCCAGGCAGGAAGCUGCGCAGAUCAACACGCUGACGUGGCAGCUGCAGAGCGCGAACCAGGAGCUCGCGCGCCGGGAGACGACCGCGGCGCCGCAGUACGCGCCACCGCCGCAGCCGUCCUACGCGCCGCGGAGCGACCCGCGCCUCGAAGCGGAGCUCUCCGCGCUGCGCAGGGAGCUCGAGGGCGCCCGCGAGGAGGUGCGCGAGGUCUCGCGCGUCAACCGAACGUUGCGCGAUGAGGCUGCCAGCUUGCAGCACACGCUGCGGGCGGCGCACGACGCGCGGACGAGGGCGGAGGAGGACGCCGCGAGGGCCGCGGCGCGAGGAGAGGCGCUCGCGGACCAGCUGGCGCGGCUCCAGGCCUCGGCGGAGGCGCUGCGCGGGGAGGCGAAGAGCGCCGCUGCGCAGGCGUCGCAGGCGAGUGUGGAGGCCGCGGGCAGCGCGCAGGAGCUGACGGAGCUGCGCGUGGCGGUGCAGAGGGAGCGGAGCGCGCGGCGGGCCGCGGAGUCGAAGCUGUAUGCCGCGCAGAGCACCGCGGUCGACCGCGCGAGGGCCGCGGGCGAAUCCGCGGCCGCGAAAGACGACCUCAUUGCGCGCCUGAAAGGGGCGCUCAAACACGCGACGGAGCAGCUGGAGAAGUGCCACGGGCACUUUGACGCGGAGCUGAAGCAGCGCGGCGCUCAGCUGCGGGACGCAGAGACGCGGUUCGCGCAACUGCAGGCUAUGUUUGCCACUAUGGUGUGA